AAUGAAGAAAAAAUUCAGUUAUUUGUAAAAAUUUAUUUUGAUAAUUUUUAAUCCCCAUCUCUUUAUUAUGAAUAAUGGAACAAUACACAGUAACCAUUUCUUGCCCUUUAGCUAUAAAUUGACAUCUGCGUAUAAGUCUCUUGAGUAAUUUCAUAAGUGUUUUGCUCAAUCUCGCUCUCUCUUACUACCUUCCUUCUUGUCUCAAGUCAUUCUUUGUUAUAUUGUUCGUUUUGUUGGUUAUACAUAUAUAUAGAGAGAGAACCAAGAAACUUAAGCCUUUCUGACAGCAGAGAGAGAUGAAGAAAGGCAACAGUGAGUCACCGAAGCUUGAUCGAAAGACCGUCGAGAGAAAUCGCAGAAUUCACAUGAAGGGUUUAUGCUUCAAGCUUGCUUCUCUCAUUCCUUCUCAUCGCUUCAAACAUUCUAAGGAGUUGCUAUCUCAGCAAGAUCAACUAGACCAUGCUGCGGCCUACAUAAAGCACCUGACAGAAAGAAUAGAUGAAUUAAAGAAGAUAAAGGAACAAGCAAUGAGAUCCUUGGGAGCUAAUAAUAACCCCAUGGAUGCAACAAUGAUGGGUUUGAGAUUACCAGUGAUUAAACUUCGAGACAUGGGUUCAAGCAUAGAAGUAGCUGUAAUUAGUGGGUUGAACAAGAACUUCACUUUAUAUGAAGUUAUCACCAUUCUCGAGGAAGAAGGAGCUGAAGUUGUAAGCGCCAGCUUUUCAACAGUGGGUGAUAAGGUCUUCCACUCAAUCCAUGCUCAGGUAAAAUUCUCUAGAGUUGGUGUGGAUACUUCAAGAGCGUGCCAUAGAUUGCAGGAACUGAUUUGCUGGAAUGCUGAGCUUUCAGGAUCUCAUUGAAGUGUCAAAAUUUUUUCACCUGUUCUGAAGUGUGGGCAUUAAAUCAGCCCAGCUGCCUCAAGUACUAGCUAGCUAAUAGAUAAUCUUGUAAAUGUCGAACAUUCCUCUAUUAAUAAAUAUAUAUUUAGAAAUA